AUAAACCCAGAUCAAAUGAUGUUGAAAAUCAUUUCCUUUCUAAGGUUCUAUGCAGACGAGAUUGUCUUCGUUUUUGAAAACAUCAGUUCCACAAAGUUAUUGAAAUUGUUUUCAGAUAUGAACAAGAUGUUUCGCGUUUUUUGUUUGCUGUUGUUUUUACAUAAUGCUCGGGCUUUUCUUUGGACACGACCUCUUUCUUCAUCGAAGUUGUCAUUAAUCAGAACGUCUUUGUUUCUUACAGCUUUAGGUACACGCCUGAUGACAGUUCAAGGAUGGUGUUCAUGGUCGCAAUUUCGAUGUAACGAUGGCUAUAGGUGUUUUGAUAACUAUUAUGUGUGUAAUGGUUAUCGUGAUUGUUGGGAUGGCAGUGAUGAAUGGUCCUGUAAUUCUUCCUCAAGUUUAAAAAAUUUGGUGUCGUCUAUUCUUCCUUUCCCAGCAUCAAUUGUUGAAGUGAGCGCCCCACCAUCUACGUCUGUUUACACAUGGCGUCCGUGGUGUUCAUCGUGGCAAUUUCGAUGUAACGAUGGCUAUAGGUGUAUUUCUCGUUACUAUGUAUGUGAUGGUUAUUCUCAUUGUAGGGAUGGCAGUGAUGAAUGGUCCUGUUCUCAAUCCUUAAAUUCCCAGGUUUUAGCUUCAAGUGUUCAUCCUUCUCCAACGUCAUCUGGUGAAGUCAUGUCAACAAUAAGACAGUGUUACUAUUGGCAAUUUCGAUGUAACGAUGGCUAUAGGUGUAUAGAUAACUAUUAUGUGUGUGAUGGUUAUCGUCAUUGUUGGGAUGGCAGUGAUGAAUGGUCCUGUAAUUCUUCCUCAAGUUUAAAAAAUUUGGUGUCGUCUAUUCUUCCUUUCCCAGCAUCAAUUGUUGAAGUUUCUUCUGCAUUUUUUUCUCUGAGUCCCGAAAUAAGUACGUCUAUUCGUCCUUCCCCAACAUACACUGUUGGAGUGACAAGCAGUAGCAGCGUGUCUGUUAGUCGAAAUGGUAUUCGUCUUGUUGACGGUUCUUAUGGCUUUGGACGUGUUGAAGUUUACUAUAAUGGAGAAUGGGGAACAGUUUGUGACGACUAUUGGGACAUAAGAGAUGCUCGAGUUGUGUGUAGGCAACUUGGUUUUGUAGAUGCAAUUGCUGCUUACCAAGGAUCGCAGGGUAUAAAGGAUGGUACUGGACGUAUCUGGUUGGAUAAUGUUCACUGUAACGGGAAUGAGUUGAAUCUCCAAUCGUGCCGUCACAAUUCAUGGGGAAGACACGAUUGCAGUCAUUAUGAAGAUGCUGGUGUUCGUUGCGACACCAGGAAAGUUCCUUUGGCACGUUUUUCUUCAAAUUCCCAAGUUUUAGCUACAAGUGUUCAUCAUAGUCCAAUGUCAACUGUUGCAGAUGUUACCAGGAAUCCCACAACUUGGGUACUUUUCCAGAACUUUACUUAUCCUUCACAAACACCAUCUGCUGAAGCGCCAUCAACCGCUAACUCAUCUAUGGCUCAAGGUAAUUCAAGUCAAAACUGUCAACACAAACUGGAUCUUGGUUUUAUAUUGGAUAGCUCUGGUAGUGUUGGCCAAAGCAACUUCAGAAGAAUGAAAAAAUUUGUCAAAGAUUUGACAAAUUUUUACAACAUUGGUGUUCACGAGACUAGAGUAUCAGUCUUGACGUUUGCUUCGUCUUCUCGUAUAAAUAUUCGAUUCUCCGAUCAAUUUUCUAACAAAAGAUUUUUUGACGCAGCAGUUGAUAACAUUUAUUACACUGGUGGUUCAACUUAUACCGCUUCAGCGUUAUACCUGGCUUAUAACAAGAUGUACACAUCUGCUUACGGUGCUAGGAGUGCUGAAUUCAAGAAGGUGUUAGUGAUUUUGACCGACGGCCGAAGUGAUGGAAAUGUUAAUAAUCCGGCAAGGCAACUGAAGAACAGUGGUAUUGUGAUCUUUAGUGUCGGCAUUGGACUUAGUGUAAACAAACAAGAACUGGAGGAUAUGGCUUCAGAUCCACCUGAAGAGCACGUAGUCAUGUUGAACAGUUUUACUCAACUGUCUAAACUUUCUUCUAAAUUGUCAUCAAGGACUUGUAACGCUUCUAGUUUCCUGUUGAUAUGUGGUUCUCAGUACAUGACAGCGAUUUUCAAGCGUGGUGAGAUUUCUGGAAAUAUCAACACACUCUACCUUCGAGAUGGUCAUUGCAAAGCGAGCUGGAAUUCAACACAUGUCGUUGUAAACACUUCCUUACAUGGUUGUGGCACAGAGGUCGUAGAAACAUAUCAAUAUAUAAUCUACACUAAUGUCAUGUCUCAUCUUGGUGCUUCUGAGAACUACAACGGAGAUGACGUGAUAACACGUUCUUACCUAAAUGCUAAGAUGAUUUGCACUUAUCCUCGCAAGCGUCGUGUUGGUGUGCUAAGCUUUGAACCAGCAAAGGAAAAUAUAUUUGUCAGCAGCAGAAGUGAAGGCAAUUUUUCUCUAACCUUGGACGUUUUUAAGAAUAGCGACUACCGCGAGCGUUACACAUCACAAGAUUAUCCUAUCUUAAUGGCUCUUUCCAAAAACCUCUACAUUCAAUACUCCGUCAAUAUACGCAAUUUAAGCGUACGCGCCGAGAAAUGUCGUGCUACACCAAGUAAUAGACCAUACGAAAGCAUCUAUUAUGACUUCAUUGUGGACGGUUGUGACAAUGAUAAAACCAUCAGACAUUACACAGAAUGGUACAGCUCGAUUCAGCGUUUCAGUAUCCAGGCGUUCCGUUUCCUUACCAGUCAUCGAUUUGUAUACAUACACUGUGAUCUUGUUGUUUGCUCAAAUGUUGGAAGUUACAACUCCACCUGCGCCCGCAAUCGUACGUGUUCUUCACGUGCACGUCGUGAUGUAGAGGAAAAACAAAAAGAUGUGACGGGUCUUUAUCAGUUGUCGUUUGGUCCACUGAUGCACGAAAAAAAGUCCUUUGAACAAAAGUCUGUUGAGGAAAAAAGUACAGUAAACAUCACUUUGUUGGGCUCUUUGAUCGUUUUUGGCUGUCUCACAGUUGCUCUAGCUGCUGCAUUGGUUUAUAUGUUGAGACGAUCACAUGUUCGUAAAUCUGACGCUUCAGUGGCUCGUGCUGACAUCAAGGAUGAAAUGGCGAUGCAAAAUUUCGGUUUUAAUGCUGAAAAUCAUAGUGAAAUUGUGAAAUCCUAAUUUUCUUUUUUGUCACAUUUAUGAUGCAAUCUUUUUCUUUUUGCUCAGAUUAUAUUAUUUGAGGUGUUUUCGAAAUGAUUUUUAGAAAUGAUUUAAUCGUUCUUUUCUUUUUCAAGAUAUUAGAGUAAUGUGAGUUAACUUUCACCAACCUAUAUUAUACUCAAAUCAUGAACUGUAAUCAUCAGGCAAUACAUUUUUUAUUACUAUGCA